GAGGGGGGGGAGGCUAGGAACACGCAUCGCCUCGCCCACACACACAUUUCUGACCCACAGCGGCUUUGCCUGCAUCUGCGUUUGGCGUUCAGUCCUCUGGAGCGGAACACGGCCAACGCGAAAACGCCACCGACGAUGUUUCUGAACGCGCAUCAGUUCCUGCUGCCUCUGUCCGUUUGCGUCCUGGGUCUCGUUGGUGUGGCCUGGGGGGAUGGCAACUGCCUGGCUCAUCAGAUGGCGGAGGGGAUGUACAUCCCUGAGAUCCCAUGCAUCUGGCCAACCUUCUGCUGCGGUGACUGCAACGGUGUCUACUGCUGCAUCACUAACAGCCUGCGCAUCAGUGACUUUCAUCAGGAGAUCUGCAACAUGUUCCAUAUGAGAUCGGGCGUUUUCUUGGGCAUCGUGGCGGGAGUCGGAGUCCUGAUGCUCCUGCUUGUGGUCCUCAUCUGCUGCCGCUGCUGCUCCUGUUGCUACUACUACCGCCACCGGCAGCAACCCUACGCAUUCGUGCACAUCCAAGAGCCUCAUAACAGAGAGGCGUUUCCAGGGGACCAGACUCUCUAUCCCCACCAGCCCACCUACUACGUCCCCCCCAAUGCCAACUAUGGGCAGUACCCGCACCCUCCGCCUCCUGCCCCCGCGGCCGGACAUCCUGCAAGACAGUGGCAAGGCUGAGCCCAGAGAGGCUAUGCGGUGGGGGGUGGGGGCGGCCUGGUGCGUACGUGGAUGCAACAGGUGGGUCAGGAGCCUGGCUCACCUGCUCAAGAAAGCACGGAGAAAAGAAAGCAGAAGGGCUCAAGCAGAUGUUGUUACUGUACAUAGUCCACGAAAUGGAUAUACUUUAAAUCUUUUGCCUUGCGAAUAAUAAUUCUUUAUUGAUUUGAAGCUUUCGUGACUGCGGGAAUCCAUACUCUUUGGUUCUUUCGGUAAAGUCACGUAGGUAUAAGAUAAAAUAGAUCACGACGUUUCGGGUUUUCCCAUAUGAUGACGGACGCUUGUGUUGUGCCCGAAACGUCGUGAUCUAUUUUAUUUUAUACCUACGUGACUUUUACCGAAAGAACCAAAGAGUAAUAAUUCUAUAUACAGAACAGCACUCUAUUAUACUCUGUCCUGCCAGCAGAUGGCAACACAUUCUUUCUGUUUGUUGAUUUUUUUUUAGUCGGCCAUAAUAGGAACUAAUCGGUGUUCUAACAUUGAAAACACUUUUGUGGUCCUAAUUUCUUUGCACGAUAAGCUAUUCAAAAGAAUAACUUAAGAUGUUUUAACUGUAACAUUGUGGGCAUUUUAAACCAAAACAACAACAAUAACGUUUCAGUGCCUCUGGUCAUACAGAUAAUUUAGAUAUUCGGUCUCAGCACAUGCUUUUCCAGAGAUGAAUGCUCGUGGUACGGCAUAGACGAAUGUUCAACCUCGUUCGCACUGCACGUAGCCAAUCGUGUCAAUUGGAGGUGCGGAGAAGGACAACAAACUAAAAAAGACAACUCACACAGUACAUUUAAACGUAACAUUUAAUAUGCAAUGGUUUACAUGUGUUGCUGUUUGCUAGCAAUAGGUCGGUGUGGGGAUAUAUCGAUUAAAUAAAGGUUUUACCAAAAGG